AUGGUCGUGGUGGUCGCUCACUUGCUUGCAGGUGAGACUGCGCCUAGCGUCCACUUGCUGGCACUCAACUCUCACUUGUGGCUCCACGUAGCUGGACUCUGCUCAGCGGCCACACCCCGGGCAACCGUCUCGACCGGCGGGCUAAACCAGGUGAGGGGGCCCUGUGCGCUGUGCCGUGUGCACAGGGUUCGCGGAUUCCGCUGGAUGGAAGGUCGGAUGGAACCUUGCGUCGGAACCGUUGUGACGUGGUUCGUCUCUGCACUCCGCUGGGCAGCCGGCGACGGGAUGGAUCUCCACAUCGACAUCGCCUUGACGCGCCCACCUACGCCGUCGGAGACCGCGGCUUACGGCGAAUUCGAGUCGUUCUCCACUACAACCCGAAGUCGUGGUCCCAUAGUGGAGUUCGGCCGUGCCACAACGGCACAUGGCAGCCCUAUUCAGGGAUGGCACUGCCAGCCCCCACGAGGGGACGGGCCUAGAAAAGGUGGCCUAAACAUUGCUGGGUACCACGCCGUCUCCAGGCUAGCCAGGGCCGCAGACGUCUAAUCAUGGUCGAAACAAUCAAAAUCGAAACAACAACAAUACCAAUAACAACAACAACCAUACUCAUUCUCCUCAUCCUACCUCUUCUACCUCUUCCUCUGCCUAUUCUUCUCCUUCGUCACCUUCUUCUCCAUCUCCUUCCUGUCGCCUUACUCGUUGUCACCAGACUGGCAGGGUGAGCCCGCUCACUCUGGCAGCCUGGAAUGUUCGUUCCCUUUUAGACAAUCCGAGGAGCAACCGACCGGAACGGAGGACGGCGCUAGUGGCACGAGAACUGGCGCGCUACAAGGUGGACAUCGCCGCACUCAGCGAGACCCGAUUCUCCGAGCAAGGCCAACUGGAGGAGGUGGGUGUCGGCUACACCUUCUUCUGGAGUGGCCGACCCAAAGCAGAGCGACGAGACGCGGGCGUCGCCUUCGUCAUUCGGAACGACAUCGUGGGACGACUGCCCUGUUUGCCGCAGGGCAUCAACGAUCGCCUGAUGAGCCUCCGCCUGCCUCUCCAGGGAGGCAGAUUCGCCACCAUCAUCAGCGCCUACGCUCCGACGAUGACCAACCCCGACGCCGUCAAAGACAAAUUCUACGAGGACCUGCACGCCCUCUUGGCGA